CCGCCGCCGCCUCGGCCGCCGCUCGCUCCGGCCGCCCCCGCCGCAGCCCCGGCCGCCCGCUCCUGCCCGCACCAUGGAGUUCUCGGAGAGGAAGCGAAGCAGGAAAUCGCAGAGCUUCAAACUGGUGAGCCGAGAUUAUCACCAUGAGGUGUAUAAGAGCUCAGAAUUCAGCAACGAUGUUAAUGGGGAGGCCAAAGAGACACAACCCAUUUUUUUAGGAGAUGAAAGCAUGGAAAUUAAAAAGCAAAUUACAGGAAUGAGAAGAUUACUGAAUGACAGCACUGGGAGGAUUUAUCAGCGUGUGGGCAAGGAAGGAGAAAAAUUAAAAGAAGAACCCCAGGAUUUGGAUUCCAUCUGGCCUCAGCGUUUGAACUCCUCUGCUGAGGCCCCACAGAACCUCCACCCUUCUUCCCGUGGUGCGUGGAAUGAGUUAUCACCGCAAAGCGGGCAGUUCUCAGGGCAGUAUGGCACCCGCUCCAGAACCUUCCAAAGUCAGCCCCACACCGCUGGGAGCUCCAACGGAGAACUUCCAGUGGUGAAUUCAUCAGUUGGCUCGAACUGCUGUACUUGUAACUGCCAGUCAACGUUGCAGGCCAUUCUCCAAGAACUCAAGACCAUGCGGAAAUUAAUGCAAAUUCAAGCAGUUGGAACCCAAAACAGACAACAGCCCCCAAUUUCCCUUAUAUGCUCCCAGCGAACUGCUGUCUCACGCAAGAGAAAUAAAAAGAAAAAAGUGCCCCCAAAGACUGUUGAACCUCUUACUGUGAAACAGAAGCCCAGUGUGUUAGAAACUGAGAAGAAGACAGCAGUGGCCUCUGAGCAGUCUGGUCUCCAGGCGGCCAAGCACACCUCCACUGGGGAGAACCACGUCCUAGGAUUUGGCAUUGUUCUCGAAUCGCCUUCCUCAGAUCCAGAAGUGCAACUUGCUGAAGGCUUUGAUGUGUUUAUGCCUAAAUCUCAGCUGGACUCUAUAUUGUCAAACUACACUCGCUCAGGAAGCCUUCUGUUUAGAAAACUGGUGUGUGCAUUUUUUGAUGACAAGACUUUGGCUAACUCCUUACCCAAUGGGAAGAGGAAAAGAGGACUCAAUGACAACCGGAAAGGACUAGACCAAAAUAUUGUGGGUGCAAUAAAAGUCUUCACAGAAAAAUACUGUACUGCUAACCACGUGGAUAAACUCCCUGGCCCGAGAGACUGGGUACAGAUUCUACAGGAUCAAAUUAAACUGGCCAGAAGAAGGUUAAAAAGAGGCUCAGCAGAGGUGGCUGACGGUGAUGAAAGACUGGACGGCGUUUCUCUACCACCAACAGGUAAAACACAUUUACAUUUUCAUCACCCGCUGGAAAAUACAGCACAUGAAAAUAUUUGCAUUGAAAAUGUUUUUAACAUCAGAGAUGCAAGAUGCUUGAGCACACGGCUUCUCUUACAGACCCAGACCAAGUAAUCAGAGGUUCCCAGUGCCCUGUGUUCAGAGAUUUUUCACAUUGAAUACGAAAGGCUACAUUUUUCUCACAGUCUGUUUCAUAUUCUUGAAAACCUCAGAACAGCAAGUCCUAAGAACUUAGUGUCACAAACUUUGCCUCCCAAAACCUUUCGAUAUUAGAAAGUAUUUUAACAUGAAAUGACAUUUCUGUUUAGAACAGGGAUCACCAGUUUUAUGAUGAGAUUCAUGUCCAUUCUGUCCUCUCCCACCUCCCC